AUGACGCCAACGACCGAGAGAAUGCUGCUCAGGAUCACGACUGUCGACGUAUUUGUGAGACUGCUACCACCAUCAGAGACCGAGCCGGACCCUGAGGAGGUGGAAGGGGCCGAAGGACUGAUAGGGGUAGAAGACAUCGCGACUGGUGUUAAAAUCGUUAGAGAUGUCGGGUUCGGCGGCGGCGGCGGCGGCGGCGGUGGUGACGGCGGCCCUACAGCCGUGGCAGAAGCCACGGGUGUCGUCACUGGCGCAGGAAUUCGGCAGCCAAAAUAG